AUGGUUCGUAUUAUAUUCCCUAUUUUAGGAGGACUUGUAGUUUUGAUUGUGAUAAUUGGGAAGUACUUCAUUAGGCAAAGACAAAAGAGGGACAUAAAAGAGCAGCGAAAUACUGUGAACACUCAUGGAUUACUUUCAAUUUUAAAUUUUGAGGGAAAACUUAUGUAUGAAGAAAUUAUAAGAGCCACAAAUAAUUUUGAUUCCGAAUAUAGCAUUAGUAGUGGUGGCUAUGUAAGUGUUUGCAAAGCAGAACUACCAUUAGGGAAUGUUUUUGCUAUUAAGAAAUUUUACUCACAACAUCCUAUGGAGAUGGGCAAUCAAAAAGUGGGUAGUUUGGCCACAAUCUUGAGCAAUGAAGCUGAUACAAAAGAAUUGGGUUGGAGGAAUCGAAUGAAUAUUAUGGAAGAUGUAGCCAAUGCUUUGUCUUACAUGCACCAUGAUUGGCCCUUGCCAAUUGUCCAUCGAGACAUAUCAAGCAAGAAUGCGGCAUACGAACCUCAUGUUUCGAACUUCGGAACUGCGAAAUUUCUCAAACCAGACUCAUCUAGUUGGUCUAAACUUGUAGGGACAUAUGGAUAUGUUGCACUAGAGCUUGCUUACACUAUGAAUAUUACUAAAAAAUGUGAUGAUUAUAGCUUCAGAGUCUUAAUAUUGGAAAUAAUUAAAGGGAAUCAUUCAAGAGAUCUUCUAUCCUCAUUUCCAUCAUUGUCUUCCAAUGUGAAUUUACCUCUAAGUGAUAUGUUGGAUCCACGACUUGCAACUCCCUCACGUGAUGUCCAGGACAAACUCAUAUUCAUCAUGGAGGUCACUUUUUCUUGCUUAGAUGCCAACCCAGAAUCUAGACCGGACAUGUAG